UCCCCCCCCCAUUUUGAAAGGGCCUCUCUCUGUCGCUUCUUAGACGGCCGUUCGAAUCCUUUUUGAUGCCAGUCACAGGGUGGAUGUCGAGCCGGUAACAUCGUUCUCUCUCUCUUCAAUUCGCUCUGAAACGUCCCUUCAACCUUUUCGAAACGAUUCGAUUAUUUGUUCCCGGCCAAUAUCCAUUUCUCUAUCUGAUCAAUUUUUCAUCACGACGAAACAAAUAAGUGCACAAUUCAAACGGAUUAUCCAACUUGUUUAUUCGACUUUUUUUUUUAACACUGAAUGUCACGGACGUGCGAGUGUGUUGUUGGUCCGUGAUUUUGUGUUGAAGAGUGUUGACAAGUUUUCUGCACAAAAGACAUUUGAAAUCAUUACGUAAAACAUUACAUAAGUGUAGAAUGGCAGCCAUCAGUUUUUCAUCGAUGAUGUGUGAACCGUUUUCUUUCGGUCACAACGACCCGCUCUUUUCGUCCACCGGCAUCAUGACAUCUUCCACGACAAUGACGUCAAACGAUUCGAUUUGGUCCACCGAUUGCCAGUUUGACAUGCCCACGCCGCCCGUCUCUCCGUCUCGCAGCAGCAAUGACAACGACAUUAAAGACGAAACCUCAACAACUACGACGACGGCCAUCGAGGAAGAUCUCGACCUCGGAUUGGGCGAAUUGAUUAACGGAAUUGACUUUCUGGACGGAUUCGAUCCAGAUUCUUGGCUAAACGAUUUACAAACCGAUGCUGUCGUGCCCGAAAUUCUCCUCUCCGACAAUAAUAAUUCAAAAUGUGAUGUCAACGAAUUGAGACAUGAUUGCAUGUGGGCUGGACAUUGCCCAGCUGAAGAGCAUCGCGGCAAGAAAGACCUAGUCCAGCUGCCUUGUUUGUUGUCAUCUAGCCCUCCGGAAUCGACCGUUUUAUCCCUGGCCAGUUGCUUACCCUGCGUAUUGCCCGUUGUCGGUGGUAGCCGAACCCGACUGGAUACAUUGGGAUCCAUUAGACCUGAAACGCCAUUAUCCCUGUCCGAUUCGGAGCUGGACGCCGAUCAGUUGACCAGCGAUGAAGGAAGUAACAACAAUAAAGGUCGCCAUUCUUCUUCAUCAUCGUCUUCCUCCUCAUCAUCUUCUUCUGGCGAUGAAUCCGAGUCUGACGAAGAUCGACCCAUCACGCACCACUAUCAGGCCACUCUACCGCCCAAUAUUCAUCCGGUGCGGAGUCAUCAGAUCCGUAAAAUCAACAACAAAUCUCUGGUCAAGAUGGUGGUGUCGCCAUCGCUCAUUACCGAUCACAGUUACAGUCACAGCGAUCAUUCUUACCACACUCAAAGGAGACCGGCCAUGCCCGAUCAUCACCUGGCCAUUCCCUUCGACCUUGGUGCGCCAACACCUUCCGAUUCCGAAGAAGAAAUUGAUGUCGUCUCGUUGGGUGAGGUGUUGCGGAUGAAUCCGUCAGCUGCCGUUUCUUCCAUGACCACAACAUCAUCGCAUGGCAAGUCAUCGACAACGACGUCGCUCACCACUAACCUAACCACGACGACGUUGACCAGCAGCAGCACCUCGGUCGCUCCACUACGACUCAAACUGAAAGUUGCACCUGCUGCUGGUAACGGCCAAGUCUUGAUGCGCAAAGCUCUUCCGUCGCAUCCGUCCGCCUUGGUUAGACAGCAGCUCCAAUUGGCUGUGGCGUCUGCUGCUCAACAGCGCAAACAUUCAGAGUCGUCAAAGAAAUCCUCUGGUGAAAUCAAGUUGAAGAGCAACAGCCACCACAGCAGCGAGCGGAGCAGCAGUAGCAAUAGUAGCAACAGCAGUAAAAGACCGCGGUCUUCCGGCAGCGGCGAAAGCGGUUCCAGUUCCCCGCGGAAACGUUGCUCCCGGGCGGCUAGCGAUUCGGAAGACAGCUGCGAAAAACGCUCCCAGCACAAUUCGAUGGAGCGUCAACGAAGAGUCGAUCUGCGUAACGCUUUCGAAUUUCUUCGAUCGCUCAUUCCCGACCUGGAAGCGACGGAUCGAGCGGCUAAAGUCGUCAUUUUGAAAAAAGCCGCCAACUUUUGUCAAGGUUUGACCAAUAGGGAAAAACAAUUUGUCGCCGACAAAGACGCCCUGCAAAAACGUCAAGAAAUGCUCCGGAAGAGAUUGGCACUGCUUCAGCGCCGGCGCUAAAAAAAAAACAAACAAACAAAAAUAAUUAUCGUCGUUAUCAUAACAAUUAUUCGAAUUAAGUAGACCAAAAUUUUCUUCUUUUUUUCUUUGCCUCCCUUUAUAUUUUUUCACUUAAAACAAAACUUUAAAAAAUUAAAAAAAAAAAUUAAUAAUCCAGCUAAAACCUGGAUCGCACAGAUAUGCGGGAAAAAUACUAGGUUUCAGUUAAAUACGAAUUACAUUUUUUUUUCUCCGUGUACAAAGAGGAGAUUCCGCUUUCCGGAUAAAAACAAAAUAGCCAAGUGGAUUUAGUUUCUUUUUUUUUCUUUCGUUGGGGUAGUAGAUGUCGGGGCGAAUUAAAUACUAGCCGUUCCCGUUUUUUUGGAUGAUUCGAGUGUUUUUUGUACAGCGGUAUGAAACACGUUCGGAAAUAAAAAAGUAAAAUUCAAAUUAAAGUUGAUUACAUUGUACAAAAAAAAUCUUUUUUUCAGUCGGGGUUUUUCUGUUUUUUGUUCUCGAGCGACUCGGAGUUCGCUUUGAAAUAAUUAGAUUUUGUUCCCUUUUUUGUCCCCCUCCUGCUACUACACAUACACACACAGAAUGGCAAGAUUUAUUUUUCAUUUAAUUUCGGUUUAGUUCGGACGCAGCACACACAACACACACACACAGUUUCUAUUAUAUAUAUAUACAUAUAUAUAUACAUUUAUAUAAUCUAUUCGGAUGGAAAAAGAAUGUUUGUUUUUUUUGCUCUACUUUUUGUCUUAGCUCCCCCUCAGUUAUUAUUAUCUAAUGCGUGUAAUGUGUCUCAAUAAUCCCCCCCGCCCGACGGUACAAAAGCGACAUUGUGUGUAUCUUUCGAGUGCGUUUUCUUCUUCUUCUUGUGGCGAGUGAUGAUUCAAGUGUACAACUAUACUACCACCACACGGUGUGUGUGUGAUGUGAUUUUUUUUCUCUCGUGUUCGUUGGGUGUGUAAAUGAUAGCUCUCCUUUCGAUUGUGGAAAAAUUUAUUAUCUUUUUUUCCCCCUUUUUCACGUCAACACAGCAAGUGCCUUUUUUUCGUUUAUUAUAUUAAGCCAUGUUCUGUAAUUUUUUUGCUUGUCAAACAACUAAUUUUUUCUAGCGGGAUUUGAUAGAUUCAAAAAUAUCCAAGAGAUAACAUAUCAGUUCAUUUAACAUUUUUGUUUUUUUCUUUCCUUUUUUUCACGCGGGGUAUUAUUAUUUUUUGUUCUUCUUUUGUAGGGGUGCUUCACACAUUUAAUUUUGUUUAUUUUUCAUUCUGUCGAGCUCCGAAUUUUUUGCGAGUCCCUUGAUUGUGCAUCAUCACAGUGCCUUGUCUUUUGAUUUUGCCCGGAAUUUUCUUAGUUGCGGAAAACAGAAAUUCGAUAACUUUUUUGUAAUUUUUUUCGGGAAUUAAUUUUUUUGUAUAAAGCGAGCUUUUUGUGUCUCCCGAAUAAUUUUUUUCGUCGACUUUUUGAUAGCGGCUGAAAAGCUUGGACGUCAGUGGUACACACACAUUUAAAUAAUUCAAUUUUUUUUUUCCUCGUCGUGGCUUAGCUCAUUUAAUUUUCUUUCCCUUCUAAAAAUUUUGUCUUUCGCGUGGUCGUUAAACUUGCGUGUGUUGAAAAAAUAGCAUCGGUCACAUCCAACCACAUCAUCUGUCGUUCCAUUUGUCCAAUUUGCAAUCAGGUCGAAACUCGGAAAAUAAGAAAAAAAAAAUAACGAAAAAAAAAUCUACUUUUUUUCUUUGUUUUUUGGGGUGUAAAAUGAAAAAUCUGCUCAGGAAAGAAUUACACUUUCAUUCGUCUCUUUGCCAAUAUUACCUCCUCUACACUGGUUUAUCUUUAAAUAGAAGACAAUUCAAUCAGAAAACUCAACUUUGUUUCUCAAAAUUCAGAAUAUAUUAAAUAAGUAGUACAGUACGUAAAUAUGCUAAAACAACCAAUCAAUUCAAAAUCCCGUUCUCUCUCUCUCAAUCCUGAAGUAAAUAAUUCAACGCAAGAUGAUGUGAUGAUGAUGUUGUCCCUACCCCCCCAACUAAUUUACUAUUAUUAUACAUAGAAAAAAAUUUACGAGUGUGAGUGUGUGAGCUGUUUUCUUCAUUUGUGUUACCCCUUUACCCCCCCUAUACGAUGUUUUGUAUUUUUGCAAGAUAAAAAGAAUGGAAGAAAAACGCUUAUAAUACGAUUGUUCGGAACAGAAAGAAAAAAAAAAAAUAAUAAAACGGAAUAAAAAAAAAAUUUUUUUUUAGUUCAA